AGCGUUCGUAGCUCUCGUAGCUUUGGCUGCGGCAAUCCCUCUGGUGCCGAGAGACAACAGCCACUAUGUGGAGGGCGAGAGCCGCUACGUGUGGAUGCCGGACGGCGAGGGCAACCCAGUGCUCGUAGACCUCGAGGAGCCCGUCGACCACGCGGUCCUCGCGGACCCCACCAGGAACGGCGCCAACAACCAGUACAGGCUCUUCACCAGGCAGAACCCGACCGCUGCACAAGUGCUGGUCCACAACAACGUCAACAGCGUACACAACUCCAACUACCGCAACACCCGCGGGCUGGUCGUCAUCGUGCACGGCUGGAACGGCAACGCCAAUGCUCCUGUCAACAUUAUGGUCAGGGACGCCUUCCUCGCCGUGGCUGACGUCAACGUUAUUGUAGUCGACUGGAACGCUCUCGCUAACCAGGGGUACUCUACUGCCGCCGCUGGUGUACCCAACGUCGGCCAGCAUAUCGGCAACUUCCUAGUUUGGCUGAUCAACAACGCCGGAGGCAACUUUAACAACGUGCACUUAGUCGGCUUCAGCUUGGGCGCUCACGCCGUCGGCAAUGCUGGUCGCCAGACUGGUGGCAGACCCUCGAGAGUCACUGGAUUGGACCCCGCUGGCUACCGUUGGCACAACAACGCAAACCGUCUACAACCCAACGCUGGACGCUACGUUGAAGCCAUUCACACCGAAGGCGCAGUCUUGGGAAUCAACGACCCCAGCGGCCACGCUGAUUUCUACCCCAAUGGUGGCAGGAGGCAGCCAGGUUGCGGAGGAGACAUUAAUUGCUCUCAUGGCCGUGCCUACCAAUUUUUUGCGUCAUCUGUCAGACAGAACCGCUUCGUAGGGAGACGCUGCGUCAACAUUUGGGAAGCCCAACUGGCAACUUGCAACGGCGCUGCCCUGAACAUGGGCAACGCAUUAAUCAACAAAUCUGGGACUGGAUUAUACUCACUGAUAACUGGCAGUACUUGGCCUUUCUAAGUCAUCUAACCAACCGUGUAUGAUCAAGAUGUCAACAUGAAUGUAUUUUGGAGGAGAUCCUUUUGCGUCAAUAAAGCUGAAAUUAAACACACAA